ACAACGUAGGCGGGGAAUCCUUGAUUUGAUUAUCGGUUCAGAAUACACUGAGAAAUUGUUGCAAACUGUGUCAUUCGUACUUUUGUUCAUCACGAACCAGCACGUUCCUAUGUUUAAAGGAUUUAUCUGCAAGUUUUAAUCGAUAGACUUUAUUUUGGAUGUGGAAAGAAAAGAGAUACUAAAGACUUAAUUGGAAACGACCAUAGAAUGCCAGUAGCCGCCACCCAGAAAGAUGCACAGAUUUAUCAACACUAUCACCACCUUCUUCCAAAGUCUCCUGGGUGUCAUGUGACUGGCCAGAUCUCACCAACAGCCUUGGUGACCAAUACUGAGAACUUCAUUGGUCGUAAUGGUGCUGCCUUUGUAACAGACUUGGGGCAAAUUGCAAGACAAGCCAACUCCAAUCCUGACAGAACAGCAGGUUUUUUCAGUACACUUAGUCCGCCGAUAAUCAAUUUAAGUCCAAAUUUAAGCCCAACUGUAACAGAACCCCGCAGAAGUCCACCAUUUUAUGAUUUGAGAGAAACAACCAGAAGACGAGGUUUGCAAGAACUGCAGAACAAUUACAGUCACAUUUACCACCACCGCCAGCCUGUUCUCCAUCAACAGCCAAUGCAGAACGCGGCCCAGCUAUGCGCAGCCGCUGUAGAAAUGAUCUCGGAGGACUCGGGCAGAAAGAGUGAGAGCCCCAGUCGAAAGCGACGGAAAACCUCGGGAAGUUACAUUGAUUUGACCAACUCUCCGAGUCCACCCCCUUCACAGAACAGGGAAACGCUGACAGAGAGCGCCAGGAUUGGCGGAGUGAGGCGCAGAGCUGCAAGUCUACGUAGGACGUCCUCUGAUCGCAGCAACACACCAAGGGCUCGCAGAAGUCCGGGAACGAGACGGCGCACGAGAGAGAGGAACAUUUUACGUCAUAAUGAGGGUUCGCCGGAGCGGCGUGCGUUCCAGCCCCCAAACAUGAUGGGUCACCAGAUCCACCCAGCAGCCCUACCCCCUCACCAUCAGACAGUUCAGCAGCCAGUCCUCAUGGACGUGGAGAGAGUGCCUGUGUCCGCUCCGGUGACCAUGGCACCCUAUGGUAUCCCAGUGUGCACUGGUCCCCAUCAGAUCACAAUGUGCACAGCUGCGGGCCACUUACCUGUGUGUAAUAGCCAGCCGACGUGGUCCAUUCCUGCCUGCAAUGUCCAGAUCCCUGCAUCUUGUGGGGUGCAGCAGAUUCCAUCAUGUAACAUACAGCAAAUCCCUAUCCAUCCAAACUCUAUACCACCCAUGUUCCAGCCCCCUCACUCCACUAGCCAUAUACCUCAGCAUCAGUUGGCCUCGCGACCACCACAGUUCACUGGCUCUACCCAUCAGGUAAGGCCGACGCGUCACGAGGAGGAAGUCCAGUUAAUAUCAGAUCACCGCCAUGCCUAUCCCCUUCAAGCAGCUCUACACCAGCACCAUCCCGGGGCCACAGCCUUCACAGCCACCCCCCCAGUCCUUCUACAGGAGCCUAUGGUCCACCCCUCCCCUCAAGACAUCUACGGACCAUUUCACAGAUACUAUGCACGCCACCGAACGGCUGGCCGCAAUGGUAGAUUACGCUCCAUACCUCCACCUCCACCACCCUACCCAGGGUUCCUGCUCCACUUCCUUGCCAUGCUUGGUAAUCCACCACUGCCAAGAUUUGGACGGGACUUCCGAGAAGACGCAACUGAAGUAGAAAACUAUGAGGCAUUACUGAAUCUAGCAGAGAGACUGGGAGAUGCCAAGCCCAAGGGCCUGACCAAGUUAGAAAUCGACCAGCUGCCUGCCUACAGGUUUAACAAGGAGACACACCACUCGGGCAUGGAUCAGACUUCCUGUGUUGUGUGCAUGUGUGAUUUUGAGAACCGCCAACUCCUUCGUGUUCUACCAUGUAGUCACGAAUUCCACACCAAGUGUGUCGACAAGUGGCUCAAGACAAACAGAACCUGUCCUAUUUGUAGAGCAGAUGCAGCAGAGGUAGCCAGCCAAUCAGAUUAGGUGUUACAUAUGGUAAUAGCCAGCCAGCCAAUCAGAUUAGGUGUUACAUAUGGUAAUAGCCAGCCAGUCAUGGUUGCUACAUCUACAAAUCUUACUGUUGGCUGUAACAUCUAUCAAGCACACCUUUUAAAAGAGACACUUAGGUGACAGGAUGAGGGGCCUGCUGUAUUAACUUAUCAGUGGUCAGUUUCCGAGCAGCAGUAUGAGACAAACAUGUCCGAGGAACACAUCUCAAAUGGAUGAGUUGCUGCUAGUUUGAUGAAAGAAACAUUUUUUCAUAAAAUGGCGUGACCAGUGUGAAGGGACUGUACUGCGCAGCAUUUGAAAUAUCUUGGAUAGACGAUAUUUAGCAGACAACUUGGCAUGUUUUCUUCUCUCUAUCUUAUUUUUUUUUUUUUUAAUUUUGAAAAAGACUAUACUUAGUAUUGUAAAAUGGUGCAUUACAAAUAUUGAACAAUUCAAACAGACUAUAGACUGACCAACGGUUGAAUUGUUUUAAUAACAAGUUUAUUAUAACAUGCAUUUCCCCCCAAAACUAUUGUCGGAAAUGAUUUAGAAACAAGUUGUAUUUUCAUUGAGUUUUUAUAUGUUACUCCAUUGUUUUUGAUGUUUUGUUAUUUUUUGUUUAUAUGACAUCUAGUAGCCAGGUCUCUUUGUUGUUAUAUCUUCAUCAUUGCUAACAGGUCGCUUUAUAGUCAUGGCCUUUAGCAACAAAAGUAGACUGAACAAAAACAGUAGUUGUAUUAAAAGUGUUAAAGGGAUAUAAAAACAUAUUGACUAAGUUCAUAUAUGACCAUACAAUGCAUUGCUAGAUACAGCUAAAAAUUAUGAACAAGCAUUAUCGGCAAAUUUUUACCUAAUUGAGAUAAGAACAUUGUGAGAUGAUGAUAGAAGCUUGGAUUGGCCAGCACUGUGUUGAGUGUGCUUGAGUGUGAUUCAAAACAAUUCUUUGUUUAACAUGGAUGUGAAUUUCAGUUUCAAACAAAAUGCAGUUGCAUGUUAUUAAUUCGGACAAUGAUUUUUUAGAAAUAAUUCAAGUUCUCCAAUGUUUUUCCACACAAUUACUUUGAAAACAAAAUUCAGGAAAGCCAGAUUUUGGAUUACCAGUUUAUGUAUUGAAAAAGUGUUAGCUGUAUAGGGAAAUGCUCCGGAUUUAUACAUAGCUGUUUUGACAUCUUUAGACUUUGGAAAGAUAUAAAAUUAUACAAAUAAUCUCUGUAGCUGGAUAGUUAAUUAAAUUAACAAAACGUGCAUGAUUAAUACUGACUGACCAAUACACAUUUUGUAUCUACCUGUAGUAAGUUAGAGUAAGUACAUCAUUGUAUCUAACUGUAGGUAUGUGUAUUUUGUAUCUACCUGUAGGUACA